GGAGGGGACGUCCAGUGGCGCAGGCGUCUUUGGGCGAGUGGUGAUCAUUUAUAUCCUUUUAUGGCAAACAUAACCGCUAGAUAAUAAAUAGGUUUCGCGAAAUUUGUGAAAUAAAAUUAUUAUUUGCCAAGUGUUCAUAAUCUGUACGAGUGCCAAGAGAUUUUCUCGUAAACUGCCAACAUUUACAGUGUAAACUUUUAUACUUAUUUCUCCGUGUUCCACUUGAGGAUUCUUACCAUUUCCGGCAAACCGGAUCAGUUUUCACACAAAAAAAAAAAAACAGGAAAAUGUCAUUUGCAUCAAAGAGUAUUUACGCGACUUUACCGCGGACCCAACGGGGCCAACCCUUAGUGUUGGGAGGGGAUCCCAAAGGAAAGAAUUUUCUCUACACCAAUGGCAAUUCUGUAAUCAUUCGCAACAUCCAAAAUCCUGCUAUUGCCGACGUCUAUACGGAACAUUCUUGUCCGGUAAACGUCGCUAAAUACUCCCCUAGUGGCUUCUACAUCGCUUCUGGAGACCAAUCUGGCAAAGUUAGAAUCUGGGAUACAGUAAACAAGGAGCACAUCCUCAAAAAUGAGUUCCAUCCAAUUGGGGGCCCCAUUAAAGACAUUGCUUGGUCCCCCGAUAACCAACGCAUGGUCGUGGUUGGUGAAGGCCGGGAACGUUUCGGCCAUGUCUUCAUGUCGGAAACCGGAACUUCCGUCGGCGAAAUCUCAGGCCAAUCAAAACCCAUUAAUUCUUGCGAUUUCAAACCCACAAGACCCUUCAGAAUCAUCACGGGGUCUGAAGACAACACCAUUGCGGUUUUUGAGGGGCCCCCAUUUAAGUUCAAAAUGACCAAACAGGAGCACAGCAGGUUUGUGCAAGCCGUGCGUUACUCGCCCACCGGUAAUUUAUUCGCAUCGGCUGGGUUUGAUGGUAAAGUGUUUUUGUAUGAUGGGACGUCCUCUGAUUUGGUGGGGGAAAUCGGGAGCCCCGCCCACAGCGGGGGCGUAUAUGGGGUUAGUUGGAGUCCCGAUGGUAAACAAUUGCUCACAGCGAGUGGGGACAAAACUGCCAAAUUGUGGGAUGUGGAGACGAGACAGGUCGUUUCCGAAUUUGUCUUAGGCUCGACGGUUGAGGAUCAACAGGUUUCGUGUUUGUGGCAAAACGAGUACUUGCUCACGGUUUCUCUGAGCGGAUUUAUAAAUUAUUUGGAUGUGAAUAACCCCACGAAGCCACUCCGGGUGGUCAAGGGUCACAAUAAACCCAUAACUGUCUUAGAAUUGAGCGAAGACCGUGGUACGAUCUUUACCGGUUCUCAUGAUGGUAAUGUGACCCGAUGGAAUGCCGGGAGUGGGGAGAACGACCGGGUGGAAGGGGUAGGUCAUGGUAACCAAAUCAAUGGUAUGAGGGUACACGGUGGUACUUUGUACACUUGUGGCAUCGACGAUUCUUUGAAACAAAUCGACAUUGAGGGUAACACUUAUAAAGGCCAAGAUUUGAAACUGGGGUCGCAACCUCGCGGAAUGGACAUCUUGAAAGAGCAAAAUGUCGUAGUCACGGCGAGUGUCAACGAAAUAACCGUCUCUCAAGAUAACAGAAAAGCGAGCACAUUGAAGGUGUCUUUUGAACCAUCAAGUGUAAGCGUUUCGCCGAGAGGUCAUGUGGCUAUAGGUGGCGCUAUGGACAAUAAGGUUCAUUUAUACGAACUGAAAGGCACAGAAUUGGUACCACUUCAAGAAUUGGAUCAUUUGGGUGCCGUGACUGAUGUUGCCUAUUCGCCAGAUGAUAAAUAUCUAGUGGCUUGUGAUGCCCAUAGAAAAGUCGUACUGUACAGUGUUCCUGAAUACAAGCUCGCCACCAAUCAAGAAUGGGGUUUCCACAAUGCACGCGUCAACAGCGUUGCUUGGUCUCCCGACUCUUUGCUAGUCGCUAGUGGUAGUUUGGACACGAGUAUCAUUAUCUGGUCUGUAGAAAAGCCCGCCAAACACAUUAUAAUCAAAAACGCUCAUGCUCAAAGUCAAGUGACCAGAUUAGCCUGGCUCGAUAACCAGACUUUGGUCUCAGUGGGUCAAGAUUGUAACACGAAAUUGUGGACCAUCACCAAAUUCUAAUUUUCUGAAAAUAACGUUAAUUUUUUUGCAUUUAACGUGUGAUUUUUUUGGUAAAGCUUUUUUAUUUAUUACAGUAGGGUGAUGCAGUGGCGGGCCUAAACGGAUUUCCGGAAACUGACUUGUCAAUUUUCUAUAUUAAUAAUGUAAAUAUUUAAAUUAUCGAGGAGUGUUAAGAUGAAUGAAAAUUCUGCUAAAUCAUCCAAAUACUAUAAUCUAAAAAGUAUUAUUUUUGUUUAUAUUGAAUAAAUAGCUGUCUGAUUAA